UGCAAAAUAUUCAAAACCUCUCUCUCUCUCUCUCUCCUCCCUCCCUUUUUCUCUCUCUACAACUCUCUUAGAGCUCAGAGAUUGAUAGGAAAAAUAGAUACUUGCUAAAAAAAUUGUUAUCAAUGGCUUUAGAUCAGGUCUCGGCGCUCGAGCUCAUCAAACACCAUCUUCUCGGAGAGUUCUCGCCGGUGAAGAGCUGCGCCACCGAGCCCAGUGACCCCGGUUCCAGCUUCACCCAAAACCAGUGGAGUCCAGAGGACAAUUCUGACCUCUCCAGGUCCCAAUCCGAGUCGUUUUGCUCCAAAUCAUCUUCCACUUUCGACUCCUCCAUCGAAAUCUUCGAUUACUUGGACUCCAGUGACAUCUUCGAGUUUAACUCCGCCGGUUUCUUUGACUUCGAAGAAAAACCCCAAGCAAUUGACCUCACAACUCCUAAAUCCACAAAUUUGAGUUCGCAAAACUCGUUCGAGUUCGAUUCAAAGCCUCUAGUCAGCGACGAUUACUUUGAAUUUGAGCAAAAGCCUCAAAUUCUGAAGCAAACGGAUCCGAAACCCGCCAACUCGAUCCGAAAGCCUGCGCUCACAAUCUCGCUCCCGAAUAAAACAGAGUGGAUCCAGUUCGCGAGCUCGGACCAGGCGGCCGUGAAGCCGGCGACGGUUCAGAAAGCGAGUUCGAACGAAGAGAAGAAGAAGAACUACCGGGGAGUCCGACAAAGGCCGUGGGGCAAGUACGCGGCGGAGAUCCGGGACCCGAACCGCAGAGGCUCCCGGGUCUGGCUGGGGACCUUCGACACGGCGAUAGAGGCAGCAAGGGCAUACGAUCGAGCGGCGUUCAAGCUCCGCGGCGCCAAAUCGAUCCUCAACUUCCCGCUCGAAGCUGGUAAGGCCGAGCCGGUCGCGUCCGUGGAGAGAAAACGACGUCGUCAGGAACACAGAGAAGAUGCGAAGGCGGUGGUGGCUGUAAAGAAGGAGAAGUUGACGGAAACUCCAUUGACGCCGUCAAGUUGGAUGGCGUUCUGGAAAUCGUAGAAGGAGGACGUGAAAGGAGUUUUUAACGUGCCUCCAUUGUCGCCGUUAUAUCCUCAUCCAGCCGUGGGUUGUCCACAGCUUAUGGUCGUAUGAGGGAUUUAACGUUGGUGUGUGAUAAGAAAUUAGAAGCUGGUUUUUUAUUUUUAUUUUUUUGAAUUGACUAGGAAAAAAGAAAGUAUAUAAUUGAUGAUAUAGGUGCGUGAGAUUUUCCGACAACGGAGACGGCAGUUGUUUGAAUAAAUCUUGAUCUGGUGGGACA